CUUUUGUGUGUAUGUGUGUAUAAGUACAUGCUAACGAUAUUCAAAAAGCACAUACCUCAAAGAAAACGAUGACGCGAGUUAUCGUCUCCAACGUUCAAGGACUACAAAAAACGCUCGGAUUGUAGGCAACAGUUUACUUCCUGGGAUUGGUGACGUAGAUAAGACCAACAUUAUCAUGAAUCCACCCCCUCUGCUGCGCUUGGCUACGCCCUCAAAACUGGGGGUGGGGGCGCGAGAACGCUGAAGGGAACGGAAGUGGUGGCAGAGCGGAGGUUGACUGGAGUUAGAGUGUGUUUACAAACUGUUGUUGCGUGAUUAAAGAUGUCUAGACGCUGUUUCUUUAGAUGUGAGGGCAAACUAUCCCUUUAUGGCCUUCCUAAGGCAGAGGACAUCAGGAUGCAGUGGAUAAAAUUCAUGUUUAAUACGGUUCCGGCACAAUACAAUCAAAAGCUGUUCAUAUGUUCACGGCAUUUUUCCCAUGACUGCUUCGCAAACCGUAACGAAUUUGAAUCUGGUUUUUCGCAACGUCUUCUCCUGAAAGAUGGAUCAAUUCCUACUUUGUUUGGAUUACCCUGCACUUCUGGAUCACAGGCUAGUACAUCGCAGCAUGUACCCCACACUGUUGGAAGGCAACAUGUAGAAUGCCAAACUGAUCCUCCACAUGCAACAUCAGUGGGCACACAGUAUGAUCAAUCAAAAAAACAGAAAUCAGUCAGCACACAAUUGUCCUUUGGUACACUAAGGGACUGGCAUAUGAGGAGCAAAGGAUCCCAGGCAGCAGUGUUGUGUCACAGUGUUUCCACUGAAACAACAUCAGCGUACCCAGAUUUCCCAUUCGGAUUACAAUCUCCAAUCUCUUCAACACCUAUGAAGACCUCUACUUUUAAUCCAAAGAAAAGACGUCGCAUAGAGUUGGAGGAGGAAGAUACUGAGAGCGAAACACUAUGUGAACCUCACGACACCACAUAUAACCCAGAAGACACAGUUGUUACUGAAGAAUCAGAACUGUCAUUUGGGCAAAGUUCCUCAUACAAUGAAAAAAAAUACGUUGUAUUUGAAAGCUGCCUCCGAGACUUGUUCGACAUCUGUCCACUUUGCCGGAGGAAGUGUGAUGUUCGUCAACGGCAACAGGGAACUUUUGUGGCAUUCAGUCAACUUUGCUCAAACUGCAGUUACAACAAACAGUGGAAUAGCCAGCCCAUUGUUGGAAGUACACCUACAGGAAAUCUUCUUCUGUCUGCUGCUACGUAUUUCACUGGUAAUUCAUUCAUCCAGAUAGAAAAGGUUUUCCGUGCCAUGAAUCUUCAGGUCUUUCAAUAUGACACAUUCAGGAGACAUGCAAGGAAUUUGUUGGAACCGGCUAUUGUCCACAAGUGGAAAACAGACCAAGCGAAUAUGCUUUUGGAGUUGCAGAAGAAUAAUAAAAUUGCAAUUGCUGGAGAUAUGAGAGCAGACUCACCAGGACACUCAGCAAAGUAUGGUAGCUACACUCUACUCGACUUGAACACCAACACCAUAAUCGACCUUCAGCUUGUUCAGAGCAAUGAAGUUGGAGGAAGCUAUCACAUGGAGAAGGAGGGCCUGAAGCGUUCCCUAGAUCUUCUGGAUUCAAAUGGUCUGAUGGUGGACUACAUUGUGACUGACCGACAUCCACAAAUCCAAAAGGUUUUGAGAGAACGCAGCAUUACACAAUACUAUGAUGUGUGGCAUUUUGAAAAAGGUUUGUCAAAGAGACUAGCCCUUCUGGCAGAAAAAAAGGGCUGUGAGAUUUUAAAGAAAUGGUUGCGCAGUAUUAGAAAUCAUGUUUACUGGUGCGCAACAUCUUCAACUUCUGGACCUGAGAAGGUGGCCAAGUGGAACUCCUUGAUAAACCAUCUUCAAAAUGUGCAUGUCCAUGACGACCCUACAUUUUCCAAAUGUGAACAUCCGGACCAAGAGUCUAGCAAUUCAACGAAAUGGUUAACACCAGGGUCAAUGGUUCUACAUAAAGUAGAAAAAAUCUUAGUCAAUAAGAGAGUCCUCAGGGAUGUCGGGAAGCUAAGCCAUCACCAUCAAACAUCAUCAGUGGAGGCCUUCCAUAGCCUGAUUCUUCGAUUUGCACCCAAAAAUGUGGUCUUCCCAUUUAUUGGAAUGCUGUGCAGAUUGUACCUUGCAACCAUGCAUUAUAAUGAAAAUGCAGACCGUGAGCAAGCUGUAACAAAAGCAGGAGAGGCAAAGUUCAAGGUUGUGUUCCCAAAAUCUAAGAGAGGGGAAUGCAUCGCAAGGCCAGUAAAAACACAAGCGACAUACUUUUAUGUGGAUGACCUGAUCAGGCUUGUGUUUGACGAGGUGCUUGAGGACCCAGCUCCAUUUGUUGAAAAGCUGAAGGAAAUCCCGAUUCCAUUGGACCUGGCAUCACAAUUCGAGAGGCCUUCCAAGGAGGACGUGAUUGAACGCCAUCUCACGCGCUUCAGUGUAGGGGUGGUCGGAAGCCGACAUACCGACCAGCCUGAUCGGGAAACUCCAAGCGGAUCCUGA